AUGUUCACUAUCUCGACCUGCGCCGCUGCAGCAGCAGAUAACCAGGCGAGUGAAGCGGAAGUGACGGAGAUCAACGUGUGCGUGGGGAAGACCUGUCGCAAGGACGGCGGGUUGCAGACGCUGGACCACUUCCGCGGCCUCGCGCCGCCGCACGUGAAUGUUGACUCGUGUGGAUGCUUGGGGCGGUGCGGAGCAGGCCCCAAUCUGGUGCUGCUGCCGUCGCAGACGAUCAUCCGGCACUGCAGCACGGCGGCGCACGCGGCACGGCUGCUGGAGAGGCAGUGCGCGGGGGGCAGCGCGGAGACGAAUCUUGCAGCUCUGGAGUUGAAGGGUCGCGGCAAUGCAGCUUUUGAGAAGGGACGAGCGGACGAGGCUGAGAUGCUCUUCACCCAGGCCAUUGAAUUGGUGCCUGUUGGGGGAAUACACAACCUGCUCUGCAACAGAUCUGCUGCAAGGGUGGCAUGUGGUAACCCAAUGGGAGCACUGGAAGACGCUGAAGCUGCGGCAGCACUCAAGCCUGGUUGGUCCUCGGCAGUGAUUCGAAGAGGAGAGGCGCUGGCAGCGCUGGGGCGGGUGAGGGAGGCCCUGGAGGUAUAUGAGAGGCUGGCCGACACAGACGCUGAAUUCAGGCGCUCCAAACAGUUCCUGGUAAGCCGGGUGUCUGUCUGCCUGCCCACAGCUUUGCACCAGUGCGAGAUGAUCUGUGUUUGCACCUACUGCAAGGUGAAGGGUUGCGUGUUCCUGGCGCAGCUCUUUUAA